GUAACGGAAUACUACAAAUUGCCAGAGCUACACGAAAUGGACGACUACGACCGCUGUCUGGUGGCACCCGAAGGACUCUAUUGCGUCCUGGAUGCAGAUUUGUACCCUGGGGAAAACCCGGACCUUAUGCGAAUUCUACAGGGAUACUCUGCCAGUACGAAAAAACACUACAACCACACACAAAUACACAGAGCGUUAUGUGUCACACAAACUUGCAAGGAGUUCACACAGGGAAGAUACUUGGAACACCCAGAAGACCUAAAGUUGGUCCUUGAGGAAUGCGUGAAUGCUUCCGUAUGGCGAACACACAAGCUGACCGCCAAAGUAACGAAUAUUUCUACUUGCAAGAAACAUGGGGCAAAAAGGCAUUUCUCCGCCGCAGAUUACGUUAUGGCAGGGGUUUACAUGACUCUCAUAAUAGUCAACGUGUUGGGAACAUGGCACGAUUUCAUUCAGGAUAACACACCAGGGAACCCGUACUUAAUGGCGUUCUCCAUCCGACGCAACUGGCGCAAACUGACCUCUGCCGGGUUUGACGGCCCCGACCACAGACUGCGGAGGCUUCGCGUCUUCAAUGGACUAAGAACCCUGACGAUAUUCGGCGUGUUCACAACCCACACAGCACUAGUGAUGGCCUUCUCCUUCUUAAAGAACCCUCUCUACUUCGAAGUGACCUACGAAGAUCCCUUCAAAGUCCUGCUCGUCAACGGCGACGUGGUCACGUACACGUUCUUCGUGAUGUCCGGCUUCCUGCUGGCGUUCAACUUCGAGCUGCUGGCGGAGAAGACUAAGAUCACCUUCUGGGAAUGGCCUAAGGCUUUGGCGUUGCGUUGGCUGAGAUUGACCCCCGUGAUGGCGAUAGUGCUGUUCACGGUGAUGACCAUCAACCGCCACCUGGCGGACGGUCCGCAAUGGGACUUAGUGGUCACCAGCGAGGCCGAAGCCUGCUGGCAGUACUGGUGGGCGCAUCUGCUGUAUAUCAACAACUAUAUCUAUGACAACUCGCACUGCCUGCCCCAAACUUGGUACAUAGCAGCUGAUACACAGCUAUUCGCACUAGGUCUGCUGGUAUGCGUGGUGUUCCGCCGUCCGCGCUAUCAGGCGAUGGUACUAGCUGUUUUGGGAGUCAUCGCGCUGAUUAUGCCUGCGGCUCACACCUAUUUUCAAGACUUGGAUGCGGUGGUCUAUCAAUCUCCUGAAUUAUACCGCAGCCUCUACAAGACGUACGACACGUUCCGCAUCAUGUACGUGCGCGCGCACACCAACAUGUUCACAUACGUCCUCGGCAUGGCCUGCGGGCUGCUCGCCAUACAUUGGUUCAAGAACGAGAAGGUCGUCUCUGAGAGAUUCCAGACGUACGACACGUUCCGCAUCAUGUACGUGCGCGCGCACACCAACAUGUUCACACACGUCCUCGGCAUGGCCUGCGGGCUGCUCGCCAUACAUUGGUUCAAGAACGAGAAGGUCGUCUCUGAGAGAUUCCAGACGUACGACACGUUCCGCAUCAUGUACGUGCGCGCGCACACCAACAUGUUCACACACGUCCUCGGCAUGGCCUGCGGGCUGCUCGCCAUACAUUGGUUCAAGAACGAGAAGGUCGUCUCUGAGAGAUUCCAGACGUACGACACGUUCCGCAUCAUGUACGUGCGCGCGCACACCAACAUGUUCACACACGUCCUCGGCAUGGCCUGCGGGCUGCUCGCCAUACAUUGGUUGGUCUUCAACUUAUACCGCAGCCUCUACAAGACGUACGACACGUUCCGCAUCAUGUACGUGCGCGCGCACACCAACAUGUUCACAUACGUCCUCGGCAUGGCCUGCGGGCUGCUCGCCAUACAUUGGUUCAAGAACGAGAAGGUCGUCUCUGAGAGAUUCCAGAAAUAUCGCUGGGUGCUCUGGGUGACGCUCCCGGUCCUGUUCUUCAACGUGUACUCGGGCUCCUUCUUUUACGCGGACGGCUACGAGCCCUCCACGGCGCUGCGGGUGCUGUACGCCACGCUGCGGAAGCCCCUGUUCCAGGUCUUCACCUUCAUGUUCAUCAUGGGCUCCAUCUUUAAGGCUGAAGGCGUGCUCCGUGGCAUCCUAGAAUGGCGCGGCUUCACUUGGACUGCCCGAGUGUCGUACUGCGCGUUCCUACUCCAUACACUAGUGCAGCGUGGUCUGGUCGGCGCGCAGAGGCUGCCCACAUACAUGUCGGACUACUACAUGCUAAUAAUACUCGGCGGUACUACGUUCAUCACGGCCAUAGCGGCGGCGCUGCUCUGGCUGACCGUGGAGGCCCCGAUAGGAGCUCUCUUCAAAGCCAUCAUAGCUCCGGCGGCGCCGCCACCACGGGUGGAAACUACCAAAGUUUAA